AUGGGCCUCGUCGACUAUUCCGACUCGGAUGACGACCACGACCACGACCACGACCACGACCACGACCACGACCACGACCACGACCACGACCAAGACCAGCCCGACAACAGUCCACGCCCUCCGCCCGCCACGAAGAGACGGCUGUCAGGGGCCGAGACAUCAUCGACACUGCCUCCUCUGCCCGCCGCUUUCCGCGAUCUGUAUUCUUCCACUGUUCGUACCGCUACCCAAGAUGACCCGUCUCUUCAUGCUGGGCGCAAGAGGGUGAUUCCGCAUGUCGUGGGCAAUUGGCCAACCCAUGUCUAUCUCGAGUGUAAGGAGUGAAUCUCUUCCUCUCUCUCCCUCCCUCUCUCUCUCCUAUCAUUUUCUUCGCAUCGGGAGAGCUAAUCAACAGGAGGGUCCCCCAACAAACCGGAAUCUCAGCUCUUGGCCAACUUGGUCGCGCAAGUCAGACAAUCCUUCACGGCAGCGGGGGCACAUAGUACAGUCAACGCCCUUCGUAGUUUGCUGGAGAACGACCUCGGAGUUCAGCUGCCAUUACACGUUUCCUUAUCCAGGCCCUUGGCAUUGAAGACGGUCCAAAAGGACCGCUUUCUUCCUCAGAUACAAUCAGCUAUUGCCGCAACUAGCGUACGCACCUUCACCGUGAGACCUCUCGACUUGAUGUGGCACGCCAACGAAGACCGCACCCGCUGGUUCCUAGUACUUCGCUUGCGCCGGCCAGAGGGAGAUGAGUUGCGAAACUUGCUGAAGGCUUGCAACGAUCUUGCAGACCGCUUCAAGCAGCCAUUGCUUUACCAGCCCGACCAAGAGACCACCGCGAAAAGCAUGCGACAAUACGAUGGACCAACUCACGACAGCUUCCAUAUUAGUAUUGCCUGGUCCCUCCAUUCACACCUCGCCGAGGAGUACAAGCCGACCGGAACAAUGGAGCAACGAUUGCCCGCAGAAUCACUUGAUACCUUGAGCAAGUUGGAGAUUCCCUUCAAUGAGGUGAAGGUGCGGAUAGGUCAAGAUGUGUACUCUCACGCAUUGCCAAAGGCCAGAGGUAAGAAAGGAGUCGACAGCUCCACCCAGGAAGCCGACAAGUAG